GCUGCAAAUAUCUUGAAAACACUUCAAACAAAAUUUGAGCAUCUUGUGUUGAUGUAUGAGAAUCCUUCUAUUCAGCAAAAAGCACUAGCCUCAAUUCCCCUCCAGCAAUUGAAAGGGAAGGCUCAGAAAAAGCUAGCACAAGCUACAAAACUGGACAAAGGUGCACAUGUGAAUGAAGAGGACUUCUUGUUGUUGGAGCUCUUGGACUGGUUUAAGAAUGACUUUUUUCAUUGGAUAAAUAAUCUUCCUUGCAGCAGGUGUGGUGGGCAGACAGAGCCUAAAAGUGACUACCUGUUGCCUACCGAUGAUGAUCUCAGGUGGAACGUCAGUCGAGUGGAAAAUCAUUACUGCAACCAGUGUCAGUUCUGUAAUAGAUUCCCAAGGUAUAACAACCCUGAAAAACUUCUGGAAACCAGAUGUGGACGCUGUGGCGAGUGGGCUAACUGUUUUACACUGUGUUGCAGAGCUGUAGGGUUUGAAGCUAGAUAUGUCUGGGACUGUACAGAUCAUGUGUGGACUGAAGUAUAUUCUUCGUCUCAGAAAAGAUGGCUUCACUGUGAUCCCUGUGAAAAUGUCUGUGAUAAACCUCUUCUCUAUGAAACUGGGUGGGGAAAGAAGCUCUCCUACAUAAUUGCGUUCUCCAAAGAUGAGGUUGUUGAUGUCACCUGGAGAUACAGCUGUAAGCAUAAAGAAGUACUUUCUAGAAGGACAGCUCUCAGUGAAGCUACACUGCGUGAAACAAUUAACGGACUAAAUAAAAGGAGACAACGAUCUAUGUCAGAAAAUAGAAAAAGAGAGCUCUUGGAAAGAACAAUUGUGGAGCUUGUUGAAUUUAUUUCUCCUAAAACACCUAAACCCGGAGAAUAUGGUGGAAGGACAUCAGGUUCGAUGGCUUGGCGAGUAGCCAGAGGUGAAACUGGUCCAGAGAAAAGAAAAGAAGUAAUUUUUAUUCCCUCUGAAAAAGAGAAGACAUCUAAACUCUUCCACCUCAUCUACAAUAUAGUAGAAGACAGUUAUACACGGAUUUCCAAUAAUAAUGAAAAAAUAACUGGCUGGGAAACAGGUGUUUGGAAGGCAGAGUCUAUUUGGAGAAAGGUUGAAACAGAUUGGAAAAUG